CACAUCGUGAGUUGUUCCUUCCCCAACUUUGGUGUUGCACAGCACCGGCAGCCCAGGCAGACAGAAAGCGCCCGAUAGGUGAAAGUGGUCUGUGCUUCAGAGAUAAGCUGCCAUUCGAAGGAGGGGCACAGAGGUCCGUGUUCCGCUGCAGUCAGAGGGACACUGAGGUGACCACUGAGCACCGUCACCAACUGUCUGCCGGGUGUGCGCUAACAGUGACAACUGACACUGACAAACAAAAUGAGGGGAAAUUGUUAGUGCUCGCUGUUCGGUCAACUUCGGCGUCGUCUCCGUCUGACCUUAAACUCUUCAACCUCACCUUACCUUUUCCAGCAUCCAGCUCACCGUACCUAACCCUCCUCGCUUCCCUCGCUUCAGCUGUCUUCUAUUCUUGUCAGCAUGUCCACCCUCGCCAUGGCUUUCUUCUUCCAGAUGGCCUCGAGAAUGCCAUGGCUAUUUUCAGUUUGGCAUCUUUUUCCUUUCAGAUCUCUCCUCCUCAGGGUCUUGACCGGCUCGUGGCAUGGCUGCUUCCGCCGACUAGGGGAUUAUCAGCAUCAUCAACAGAAAGUCAAGGGAGUUGUCCAGGGAGCUGUCUGGGGCAGUGCCUACGGACAAUAGGGACAUGCAAGACGAAAUGCCUGGCAAUAUGACAAAGAAAGUCCAAUCACGGCUCCAAAUUCCUGGGUCGGUUGGAUCUCUGGAUCUUCCUUCAAUCCCCUACCUGCCGGGUCAUCAAGGUUGCAUUGCUAGAGAGCCUGCCCUGGACUACUCGUCAGGGCUUGAAUCGCCUUCUUCCCCUUGCCGCCAGGCAAGGGUCAGGCAGGGCAAUUAGUUAAAAUCAGGGCAAUUAGUUAAAAAACUUGAGGUACUUACUCCACCACCAAAAUCGCUAACAAAUCGAUGUACUUCAGUUUUGUUACAUACUUGUAUAUAAGCCAGCAAGUCCACUUUUUACCCCUUUUCAAUUCUAACAACCAUGCUGCAUCGCUA